GAGAGAUGUGUAUCUAAUCUUUCUUCCUUAAUAUCUCCCUCUCUCUCUCUCUCUCUCUCUCUCUCUCUCUCACUAACUCAUCAUGUCCUCCAACAAAUUCUCUCUUUGAAGUGCUCUCCCUGUCACAGUACCUUUUCCAAGUUCAGACAUAGAAGACAAAUACUUGGUAUUUGCUUUUGCGGUACUCCUAACAGAAGCAGACACUAUCCUAGCUUGGCAUAUACCUAAAAAACCCGCUUGCCACCACCUAAUCUUCACACAUCGCACUCCCAUUUUCUUCUUCUUCUUCUUCUUCUUCUUCUGCUUCUUCUUCUUUCUGCAUACAAACGAGGACGUACAGGUCAUUUGACUCUACAGUUUCGCCGCGUUUUUUGAUGUUAAAGCUUUUCAGGCAUAACAUGAAAGUAGCUAUGUCAGCUGUUUGCAAGCAAGUACAGCCAUUGCUAAAUUUUCAAGGCCCGGUCGACAUGAAUCCGUUCUAUCUCAGGAAAGACAAGGUUGUAUUCGUGAUGGGAGCAACCGGCACCGGCAAGUCUAGGCUGGCCAUCGACCUAGCCACCCGUUUUCCAGGUGAGGUCAUAAAUUCCGACAAAAUCCAAGUCUACAAGGGCCUUAACAUUGUCACCAACAAGGUCACCAAAGAGGAGUGCCGAGAAAUUCCUCACCAUUUAUUAGGAUUUGUGGACCCUGAUUCAGACUUCACAGCCACGGACUUUAGGUACCACACAUCACUAGCUUUGCGAUCCAUCUCGGGACGAGACAGGGUCCCAAUAAUCGCAGGCGGAUCCAAUUCCUUCAUUGAAGCUCUAGUGGAUGGUGAUCCUGAAUUUAGGUUGAGGCACAACUGUUGCUUCCUCUGGGUUGAUGUUUCUUUGCCGGUCCUACGCCCCUUUGUGUCGGAGCGGGUGGAUCGAAUGGUAGAAGCGGGAUUGGUGAACGAGGUUAGGAGUAUGUACAACCCCGAGGCAGACAAUACCAAAGGGAUCAGAAGAGCAAUUGGAGUUGGGGAAAUGGACCAAUACUUGAGGAUCGAGGCAACCGAUGCCGAUGACGAAACCAAGGCAAGGUUUCUUGAGGCAAGCAUUACCAAGAUCAAGGACAACACUUGUUUGUUGGCUCGUGACCAACGAAAGAAGAUCCGCAGGCUAUAUGAGAUGUGGAGCUGGAACAUGCAUAGGAUUGAUGCCACAGAGGUUUUCGAGAGACGAGGAUCGAAAGAGGCCGCCGCUGAAGCAUGGGAAAGGUUGGUGCUGAGACCUAGUUCCAUGAUCGUGGACAGGUUCCUCUAUGACGCGCCUAGCACCACCAUCAUAUCACCAAAUAUUACUGCCACAGCGGCCAUCACCCCGCCAGUCCCAAUGGCAGCAGUUGCGGCUGCAACCCAUUAGAGGUGUGGCGCACCCAAAACCGUAUUGACAGAGACGCACGAUUAGGAGAGCAUCGAUAUGAUGGUGCCCUGAGGCAAUGUCCGAGUCAGACAAUUUGUUUACUCUAUAUGUCCACCUGACUUUUCUUGUUAUGUCAAUUACAGGAGUAAAAAAGAAAGGAGGGAAUGAAUCACUUAACAAGUUGGGAAUGUUAAAAGGGCCGUCAAGUACUUUGAUUUGGCGGCCAGUACUGAUUGGGGACCAUUUUUGUGAUCCGUGCUGUAUAUUUCCCGUUCCUUCUUUAGUCUUUUUCCAUACUAUCGUGUGCUUGAAGCUGCAUCAGACCAUGAUGCAUAGGCCUCUCUUUUGGGGUCCAUGCAACACUGGAAGGUCUCAGAAUCGUCCAAUAAAUUCAUAGAACCCACUACGAGUCUUUUCCCUAAAUUUUCCUUUUAUUUUGCCCCUUCUUGGUGUGCCUGUAACAUCUUUUUCACAUGAGUUGUAAUUUUUCUGGUGCCUAUGAUAGCUACGUGGUAUCC